AUGGGUCUCCACAUCUCGGUCGUGCUCGCUCUCGCCGCCGUCGUGCAAGGCGCGCCGCUCCCGACCAAGAACGCGACGCUGCCCAGCGACAACACGACGGAAACGGCGACGGUCGAGAACGAGUUUCCGGCGCGGCAGUGGGGCCUACAGCGCGGCUGGCGUUACUGGUACAAGGACAAUGACGAGUGGGUGGGCAUUUGGACGUGGGUAGACUUCUGGACCACCAUGAUUGGUUCGGAGGUCACGACCACGUGCCGCAAAUGCGACGGUUCGAAAGCGUGGCAAGUCUACCAGUCGCCCGGGUCCGACAAGAUCGAUAUGCUGCGAAACGUCGAGACGGACAUGUGCCUCGACGCCUACUGGAGCAACGAGGCUGGGAAGCCGAUGGUGCACGGGUAUCCCUGCAAUGUCCAGAACAGCAACCAGCACUGGGACUUUAAGCUCCACAGCCACGAAAGCCGGAUCCGACACCGCAAGUUCCACGACUGGAUUUUGUUCGGCUCGUACACAUUUGAAAUGAUCCGCAUCGACGACGACCGCGCUAAUUGGCACGAUCUAUCGUGGUUCAACUUUGUCCCGUAG